AUGCCUUUCGGUCAGAUUGUUAUUGGACCUCCUGGAUCAGGGAAAACUACGUACUGUAAUGGAAUGUAUCAAUUCUUAACUGCUACUGGAAGAAAAGUUUCAGUUGUUAAUCUAGAUCCAGCAAAUGACUUUUUACCAUAUCAAUGUGCAGUGAACAUUGCAGAAUUAAUUACGUUAGAAGAAGCAAUGGAAGAAUUGAAGUUAGGGCCCAAUGGUGGUAUGAUGUAUUGUAUGGAAUUUUUAGAAAAGAAUUUUGAUUGGAUUGAAGAAAAAUUGAAAGCUUUGGGAGAUGAUUAUAUAUUAUUCGAUUUCCCCGGACAAAUUGAGCUUUUCACUCACCAUGAUUCAGUCAAAAAUAUCAUCGAACGAUUACAAAAAUUGGAUUAUCGGCUCGUAACUAUUCAUUUAGUCGACGCGCAUUAUUGUACAGAUCCAACAAAGUAUAUUUCGGUUUUAUUACUUUCACUUAAAACAAUGUUACAAAUUGAAUUGCCACAUAUUAAUGUACUAUCAAAAGUGGAUUUAAUGGAAUCUUAUGGCAAACUAGCUUUUAAUUUGGAUUUUUAUACUGAAGUGCAGGAUUUAUCCUAUUUGUUACAACAUUUGGAUGAAGAUCCUUUUGCUCGUAGAUUUAAAGAAUUAAAUAAAGCAUUAUGUGGACUAAUUGAAGAUUUUAGUCUAGUCGGAUUUAAUACUCUUUGUAUUGAG